AUGGAGUCUCAAAAGAUGGCUCUGCCUGUAACGUUGCUGCUUUGUUUACUUUUGAUGGUCAACACUGUUCUCUCAGCAACAAGACCAACCUCGGCAGCUGCAGAGGGUCAAGCCAUGAGGGCAUUCAGAAAAGGCAUUACUGCUGACCCAUUGGGGGCACUUGCAGACUGGAAGGAUUCAAUCCACCACUGCAACUGGUCCGGAGUCCUCUGCCGUCCUUCCUCCCUUCCUCGUGCCGCAGCUGUCAUCGCCAUUACUCUGCCUGGAAUGGAGCUACAGGGUCAAAUAUCUCCUUCCCUUGCGAACCUGUCUUCCCUCCAGGUUCUUGACUUGUCUUCAAAUGCUUUCACCGGCUACAUUCCGCCUCAGCUUCGAUUCUGCACCCAGCUCACCAACCUCACUUUCUUCAACAACUCUCUCUCGGGCCCUAUUCCUUCCGAAUUCGGGGCCCUGAGAAGCCUGCUUUCCUUAGAUGUUGGUGGUAACUAUCUCAAUGGAACCAUUCCUGAGACCCUCUCUAACUGUACUUCCCUGUCAGAUUUUACUGCUUUCUUCAACAACCUCACAGGAUCAAUACCUGAAAGCAUAGGGAAUCUAGUAAACCUCCGCGCCUUUAUAGUAUCUGCCAACUUCUUGGUCGGUUCGGUUCCAAGUUCUAUAGGCAAGCUAGAGAAUUUAGAGGUUCUGGACCUGAGUGCGAAUGGGUUAACCGGAACCAUACCUCCACAAGUAGGGAACCUGUCCAACUUACAGUACUUGUUAUUGUUUCAGAAUUCGUUCGAAGGGUCUAUCCCUUCUGAAUUGGGUCGUUGUACCAGUCUCAUCAAUCUCGAACUAUAUCUCAAUAAUUUCACUGGACCAAUUCCCUCAGAGCUAGGAAACUUGAGCCAGUUGGAAACCUUGAGGAUGUACGGAAACAGGUUGAACGGUUCGAUCCCAGUGUCCUUGUCAGGGUUGAAGUCGUUGAACCGUUUAGGGCUGUCUGAGAACCAAUUGAGUGGUGCAAUUCCCAGUGGGCUCGGAUCUAUGGAGUCAUUGCAGGUGUUGACCCUGCAUUCCAACAAGCUCACUGGGAAAAUUCCAACUUCAGUCACAAACCUUUCAAGCUUAACCUACUUGUCCAUAGGCUUCAAUUUCCUCACUGGGGAACUUCCAUCAAAUAUAGGAGCACUAUCAAACUUGAGAAACCUUAGUGCCAAUGACAACCUUCUUCAGGGAUCCAUUCCACCACAAAUCACCUAUUGUACUCAACUUCUUGCCAUAGAUUUGACUUACAAUAGAAUCGUUGGGAAGAUUCCGAAGGGAAUAGGGAGAUUGGAGAAUCUGACUUUGCUUUCUCUAGGGGGGAAUCAAAUGUCAGGGGAAAUACCUGAUGACCUUUAUAACUGUGUUUACCUUGAAUCCUUGACCAUCGGAUAUAACAAUUUUACCGGAUUUCUAAAACCCGGCAUUGGCAAACUAUACAACCUGAAGAGAUUACAUCUUCGCUUCAAUUCUCUUCAAGGGCCAAUACCACCAGAGAUUGGCAAUUUAACCGCACUGGUUAGCUUGUUGCUGUCUGCAAAUAACUUUACAGGCCAAAUUCCACCAGAGUUGUCCAUGCUUUCCAAUCUUCAAGGGCUUAGCCUAGAUAGCAAUGCUCUGGAAGGCCAAAUACCAGAGGCCCUGUUUGGACUGAAAAGUCUCACAGUUCUAUUGUUGGGGGGAAACAUGCUGACAGGACCCAUUUCAGCUGCUAUCUCAAACCUCUCAAUGCUUUCAACCUUGGAUCUGCAUGGCAACAUGCUCAACGGUUCAUUACCAACCAGCAUGGAGAGUCUCAGCACCAUAACAUCCAUAGAUCUCUCCCACAACAAUCUAACAGGUCCCAUUCCUGGACCAGUGGUUGCAGGGAUGAAAAGCUUGCAGAUUUAUCUCAACUUUUCACAGAAUAACUUCAAUGGCGCAAUUCCAAAUGAGUUGGGAAUGUUGCAAGCAGUGCAGGUCAUUGAUCUCUCCAACAACAAUCUCUCUGGUAGCAUCCCGAGUUCAAUUAAGGGCUGCAGCAAUUUGUUCUCUCUUGACCUGUCAGGGAAUCAGUUAUCAGGUACAAUUCCAGGUGGUGCUUGGAGCGAGAUGACUGUGCUUACAAGCUUAAACCUUUCGAGGAAUGAGUUGGAGGGUGAAAUACCUGGGAAUCUAGCUGACUUGAAGCAACUGAAGACCUUGGAUCUCUCCCGGAAUCAGUUAAAUGGCACAAUUCCAGAGAGCCUUGCAAAUAUCACCACAUUGAAGCAUCUUAACCUGUCCUUCAAUCGACUCGAAGGCCAAGUUCCAAAGUCAGGAGUUUUCAUAGAAAUGGAUUCAUCAAAUUUGGAUGGCAAUCUUGCUCUCUGUGGAACCAAAUCUGAUGGACCAUGCAGCAAGGGGAAAAGUUCACGCACCUUCCACAAAAAGACGAUAUGGAUUCUUGUGGGACUUGGGGGAGUUUUCGUGCUUCUAGUGGUGUUAGUAUUGGCUUAUGUGCUCCUAAAAAAAGGUACCAAGGAGAAUAAACCAGAAGCUGGCAGCAUUUCAGCCGACCCGGAUUUUUCUACUGCUCCCGGCAAACUUGCAAGGUUUGAUGGUGUACAGCUGGAGAAGGCAACCGAAUUCUUCAGUGAAGAUAAUAUAAUUGGUGCAAGCAGCUUAAGUACUGUGUACAAAGGUAACCUUGAAGAUGGAAGUGUGGUAGCUGUAAAGAAACUCAACUUGGAUCAGUUUUCAGCAGAAUCUGACAAAUGCUUCUACAGAGAAGCCAAGACCUUGAGCCAGUUGAGACACAGAAAUCUGGUGAAGGUGCUCGGAUAUGCCUGGGAGAGCCCCAAGCUUAAAGCUUUAGUUCUGGAAUACAUGCCUAAUGGGAGCUUGGAUGGUAUCAUACACAACCCACAGGUGGUUGAGCAAUCGAGGUGGACAUUAUCCGAGAGAAUCGACGUCUGCAUUUCAGUUGCAAGUGGAUUGGAAUAUCUGCAUAGUGAUUAUGACUUCCCUAUAGUUCACUGUGACUUGAAGCCCUCAAACAUACUGUUGGAUGAUGACUGGGUUGCCCAUGUCAGCGACUUCGGUACAGCUCGGAUCCUAGGUGUUCAUCUCGAAGAUAUCGGGAAUAACCCUAACUCAUCAUCAGCAUUCCAAGGAACCAUCGGCUAUAUGGCACCAGAAUUUGCAUACAUGAGAAGAGUCACUACAAAGGUUGAUGUCUUCAGUUUUGGGAUUGUGGUGAUGGAGCUACUCACGAAACGAAGGCCAACAGGACUCACAGACGAGCAAGGGCUACCUAUCAGUCUGUCUCAACUAGUUCAGAAGGCGCUUGCUGUUAUGAACAGCAAUGGCAUUGGUGAGAUUUUAGACCCUGAGCUUAGUGGAGAAGCAUCCAAGAAAGAAGAGCAACUGGAAAAGCUCUUGAAAAUGGCCUUGUGUUGCACCAGACCAAACCCAGAGGAUCGACCCAACAUGAAUGAGGUAUUGGCUUCCUUAGAGAAGCUCAGAGAAGCAUAAGAAAAUAUCAGGAGCCGUGUUAAGUUUUUGCAUCUUCGUUGUAAUGAAUGGAGACAGUAAAAUAAGAGAAGCAGCCACUUUCAACUUCAAUGUUGCAUUCUAAGAACCUCUCUAGUCCUUUUGAGGUGGAUCAACCUUCAAAUAUUCAUCAAUGGCUGAAGGAAACUCCAAGCCAUUCUCUGAG